CGUUCCGUCCCACUUGGUCGCACUAUCCCAACGCCCUCGGCUGACACUGAACGACCUGCUCUUCUUGUUUCAUACAAUGCCUUCUAUGACGACCGCGACUCCGCCUGGAGGCCUGGCACUCUGGCUGAUCCCGACGCCCGAUCAACACGCUUUUCUGCAGGACUUCGUCGAGAAACACUGCCGCCCCUCUUCGCGCGCAGGCCUGUCUCCCAAAUCAUACCCGCGACUCAUCCCGCACGUCACACUCAUAAGCGUGCCCACCAGCGUGCCCGACGCGCACGGCCAGCUCAUCACCGUGGACCGGCUCAAGUCGUUCCUCCCUGACCGGGACCCUUCCUCCGAGCUGUCACCGGAGAGUCCGGGUCCGAGUCGCGACGGCCGGCUGCCGGGGAAAGUGCGCGCGGUGGUGACGAGCGACCACUUCUUCCGCUCGGUGUUGGCGGAGCUGGAUGCGUCGCCCGAGCUCGUGGCGUACCAGCGGAAGAUCGAGGCGCGUGUGCAGGCGGCGGGGUGGAGGGUGACUGCGCCGAUGUUUCCGCACGUGUCGUUGGCGUAUAUCGCAGACGAGGACAGGGCGGAGCGGACGAGGUUGCUCCGAGAACUCCGGGGCGAAGGUCACGUCGUUGAGGUUGAAGGGGGUGGGGUGGAGCUGAGGGUAGGUGGUAGGGAGCCUCUGAGGACGUUUGAAGGAGCGGAGGUUUGGAUCGUGGAUUGUGACGGACCUGUUGAGAACUGGAAGACGGAGUGGUCGAUACGAUUGGAUGGGAGUUGAGGGAGCUCCAGAGCUACCUUGUACCUUCAUGACAUUAGGAGACUUGAACUGACAUAUCAAUUUACGAAAUGCAUAACAUCAAGAAC